UCGCGGUGACUUCCUUGCGCCCCGGUGGAGCGGCACGUUGUUGUUCUGCGCGCCGAACUUUCCUCCGAACUAACGGUCUCCUCUCGGGGAACCACUCUCUGACCCACCAGCCAGUCCCAGCGACCACUGCGACUCGCUCACGGAGAAACCAUGUCGGCCUCGGCGGCUAAAGUGAGUAAAAAGGAGCUCAACUCGAACCACGACGGAGCGGACGAAACCUCCGAGAAAGAGCAGCAAGAAGCAAUUGAACACAUCGAUGAAGUUCAAAAUGAAAUUGACAGGUUGAACGAGCAGGCCAGUGAGGAGAUCCUCAAAGUAGAACAGAAAUACAACAAACUUCGUCAGCCAUUCUUUCAGAAGAGGUCAGAACUGAUCGCCAAAAUUCCCAACUUCUGGGUCACAACAUUUGUCAACCAUCCACAAGUAUCUGCCCUACUGGGGGAGGAAGACGAAGAGGCGCUUCAUUACCUGAGCCGAGUGGAGGUGACAGAGUUUGAAGACAUCAAGUCGGGUUACAGAAUAGAUUUUUAUUUUGAUGAGAAUCCAUACUUCGAAAACAAAGUACUUUCCAAAGAAUUCCACCUGAACGAAAGUGGAGACCCGUCUUCGAAAUCAACAGAAAUCAAAUGGAAGUCAGGAAAGGACUUGACCAAGCGCUCCAGCCAGACGCCGAACAAAGCAGGAAGAAAGAGGCAACACGAAGAACCAGAGAGCUUCUUCACCUGGUUCACUGAUCAUGCUGACGCCGGCGCCGACGAACUCGGGGAGGUGAUCAAGGACGACAUCUGGCCCAACCCUCUGCAGUACUAUCUGGUCCCAGACAUGGAUGAUGACGAGGGUGAAGGCGAGGAGGACGAAGAGGAUGAGGAGGGUCUCGAAGACAUCGAGGAAGAGGGUGAUGACGAUGGAGAGGAGGAUGAGGAAGACGAAGGAGAAGAUGGAGAGGACGAUGAAGGAGAAGAUGACUGAGAGAGGAACCGCCGACCCUCAACUUUCUAUUCCCUGUUUUGUUUUCCACUCAUAAUUGGGAGCAAAGGUUUUCUUUUGUUUUCUUUUGCUUCACGCCCAUUCUGACGCCUCUCCACCUGUUGGUGCCAUGUUCCGUUCACUUUUGACCUGUUAAUGGCUGAUGGCACUUCGCCCUGAAUUGUGUUGAGGUCUGCUAGUGCUAGCAGACAUCAACUUUUCUUUUUUCCCCCCACUAUUUUUAUUUUGAUUUUGGGGAGCUGACCCCAGAAACUGUUAUUGUCCCCCAACGUGGUUAACAAGUUCCAGCUCAUUCCUUUGACUUGUAAUGUUGAGGCGGAAGGGGUGGGAG